AAGGACACAAAAGAUAAAGUUAUGACCAAUUUCAUAUAUUUUGGCUUUUUGGGCAUAAGUUCCCCCCACCACACUUAACCAAUCCUACAUCGAAGAUAUUUAUUUACAUGCACAUAGCAUUGCAUCUCUCUAAAAUCCCGAUCAAACGAUAACCGUAUCAGCACUGAUCAUCGUUCUGUUAGGGUUUGUUCGACAGUGAUAUUGGAUCGAUUACAGGAAAUCGAGAUAUGAGUAAUACUAUAGGGCACGGUUUGCUUCUGCCGACGGUUUUGAAGCAUCAAAUCAAAACAUCACCGUCAUUGUUAUCUAACGGUUUUUGUGGUCAGAGAUUGACUGUGCGGAAAUCGAGUUUUCGGAGAAGUUGUGUGGUUUCUGGAUCUACACAAGCAGUUUUAGCCACAUAUACAUCUUCUGAGCAGCUGGGAGGGAGGUUCAAACUGCAAGGAGAUAUUGAGAUGCAGGUUGAUGUAAAAAUAUCUUCUGUUGCCCUAUUAGAGAUCCAGAUUACUAAUAGCACUGACAAUCUAUAUUUACAUUGGGGUGGUACGCGCAAUAGAAACGAGAAGUGGGUACUUCCGAGUCGCUGCCCUGAAGGGACGAAAGUAUUCAACGACCAAGCUCUUAGAACCCCCUUUUUGAAAUCUGGUUCCGUUUCCCUCCUGAAAGUAGAGAUUGAUGAUCCUGCAAUUGAAGCUAUAGAGUUCCUAAUAGUAGAUGAAAGACAAGAUAGAUGGUACAAAGAUAAUGGUCAAAACUUCUAUGUCAAGUUUCCUAAAAGAGAGACGUCAGUUUCAAAUGUUGGAGUUCCGGAAGACCUUGUACAAAUUCAAGCAUAUUUGAGAUGGGAGAGAAAUGGGAAACAAACGUAUACCCCUGAACAAGAGAAGAAAGAAUUUGAAGAAGCAAGAAAAGAGUUGCAAAGGGAACUUGAAAAGGGUAAUUCUCUUGAUGACGUACGAAAGAAAAUUACCAAAGGAGAGAUUAAAACAGAGGUUCUAAAGAAGUUAGGGAAAAAAAUUUACCGCACUCCUGAAAGAAUUACCCGGAAAAAGAGGGAUGUAAUGCAACUUCUCAGGAAAUCUAUUCCAGUCUCGGAGGAGGAAAAAAUCUCCGUAAAACCCAAAGAUUUGUCCGCACUACAGAUUUUCUCUAAAACUGUAGCAGAACAAAGUGACACUAAUAUUCUAAACAAAAAGACGUAUAGACUUGCUGAUAAAGAGCUUUUGGUGCUUGUGACAAACACUUCAAGUAAAACCGGAGUUCAUGUGGCAACAGACAUGGAGGGUCCGCUCACUCUUCACUGGGCAUUGUCGGAAAAAGCUCGGGAGUGGCUGGUACCACCUGCAGAUAUGUUACCUGUAGGUUCCAUUUCCUUGGAUAAGGCUGCCGAAACACAGUUUUCUACAAUCUCUGUUGACGGUUCUAGUAACAAGAUACAAGUGUUCGAAUUAUACAUGGAGGACAGUAUUUUUGUUGGCAUGCCAUUUGUUCUUCGUCAUGGUGAUAAUUGGGUUAAGGAUAAUGAUUCAGAUUUUUAUGUUGAGUUCACUGAACCCAACAAGCCGAUAAAGGAUGCUGGUGACGGGAAGGGUACUGCUAAGGACUUGUUAGACAAAAUAUCAUCACUGGAAAGUGUGGCAGAACAGUCUUUUAUGCACAGAUUUAAUAUUGCGGCAGAUUUGAUUGAAGAAGCCAAAGAUGCGGAUGAGUUAGGUCUUGCAGGAAUUCUUGUGUGGAUGAGGUUUAUGGCCACAAGACAACUAAUUUGGAAUAAAAACUACUGUGUAAAGCCACGUGAGAUUAGCCAAGCUCAGGACCGGCUCAUAGACAAGCUUCAAAAUGUUUAUAGUAGUUAUCCACAAUAUAGUGAACUUUUACGCAUGAUCAUGUCAAGUGUUGGGCGUGGAGGUCAAGGGGAUGUUGGACAGCGAAUCCGUGAUGAAAUUCUCGUUAUUCAAAAAAACAAUAAGUGCAAGGGGGGAAUGAUGGAGGAAUGGCAUCAGAAGUUACAUAAUAACACAAGCCCGGAUGAUGUAGUGAUCUGUCAGGCGCUAAUGAAUUAUAUCAAAAGCGACUUGGACAUAAGUGUAUACUGGGAGACACUAAAUUCAAAUGGUAUAACAAAAGAACGACUUCUAAGUUAUGAUCGGGCCAUUCACAAUGAGCCAGACUUCUCAAAAGACCAAAAAGAGGGCCUUUUGCGUGAUCUUGGAAACUACUUGAGAACAUUAAAGGCAGUUCAUUCAGGUGCAGAUCUUGAGUCUGCAAUUUCGAACUGCAUAGGCUAUAUAUCCGAGGGAAGAGGCAUGGUUGGUGUGAAAAUAAAUUCUAUAUCUGGCUUGCCAUCUGGUUUUCCAGAAUUGCUUCAAUUUGUUCUAGAGCAUGUUGAAGAUAAGAAUGUGGAACCCCUUCUCGAGGGAUUGUUAGAGACACGUCAGGAACUGAAGCCGUUACUUUCUAAAUCAAAUGGCCGUCUCAAGGAUCUUCUCUUUUUGGACAUUGCUCUUGAUUCUACUGUACGGACAGCCAUUGAAAGGAGCUACGAGGUGUUAAAGAAUGCCAAGCCAGAGAAAAUUAUGUAUCUCAUCACUCUUCUUCUGGAGAACCUCAUACUUUCAUCCGACAACAACGAAGAUCUGAUCUAUUGCUGGAAGGGAUGGAACCGGCCACUAACCAUGGUGAAAAAUGGAGAAAAUGAUUGGGCAUUAUUUGCAAAAUCGGUCCUUGAUAGAACUCGACUUGCACUUGCUAGCAAAGGGGAGUUGUACCAUCAACUGUUGCAACCUUCUGCUGAGUACCUUGGAGCGCUGCUUGGAAUAGAUCAGUGGGCGGUAAGCAUUUUCACAGAGGAAAUGAUUCGUUCUGGAUCAGCUGCUUCUUUAUCCUCGCUUGUUAAUCGAAUUGAUCCGGUUCUCCGCAAUGUGGCUAAUUUGGGAAGCUGGCAGGUUAUCAGCCCAGUUGAAGCUGUUGGAUAUAUAGUGGUAGUUGAUGAGUUACUUUCUGUUCAAAACAUAUCUUAUGAAAAACCAACUAUUUUGGUGGCAAAGACUGUAAGUGGAGAGGAGGAAAUUCCAGAUGGUACAGUUGCUGUAUUGACAUCUGACAUGCCAGAUGUGCUGUCUCACGUUUCUGUUCGUGCAAGAAACAGCAAGGUAUGCUUCGCUACAUGUUUUGAUACUGAUAUUUUAAAUGAUCUUCGAGCAAAAGAAGGGAAAUUGUUGAACCUAAAACCUACAUCAGCUGAUAUUACUUACAGUGAGGUGAAAGAGGAAACACUAACACGAUCAAACAACUUGGAAGAAGUCGGCCCAUCGUCAACUGUGCAGUUGAUCAAAAAACAGUUUAAUGGUAGAUAUGCCGUAUCGUCUGAGGAUUUCACUAGUGAAAUGGUUGGAGCUAAAUCACGUAACAUUGCAUACCUCAAAGGGAAAGUCCCGUCUUUUGUUGGCAUUCCUACCUCAGUCGCAUUACCUUUUGGAGUUUUCGAGAAAGUUCUUUCUGAUGAAUUAAAUCAGGGAGUGUCAGAAAAACUGCAAAUUUUGAAAAAACAAUUGGAAGCAGAUGGAUCUGUUGUCCUUGGGGAGAUUCGCAAGACGGUUUUGGAUCUUUCUGCACCAUCCCAGCUGGUACAAGAACUAAAAAACACAAUGCAAAGCUCUGAAAUGCCAUGGCCUGGUGAUGAAGGUGAACAACGAUGGGAACAAGCAUGGCUUGCUAUAAAAAAGGUUUGGGCUUCGAAAUGGAACGAGAGAGCAUACUUGAGUACAAAAAAAGUGAAACUAGACCAUGACUAUCUUUGCAUGGCUGUACUGGUCCAAGAAAUUAUAAACGCUGAUUAUGCAUUUGUUAUUCAUACCACUAAUCCAUCAUCAGGAGAUUCAUCAGAGAUAUAUGCUGAGGUUGUAAAGGGACUGGGAGAGACUUUGGUAGGAGCGUACCCGGGUCGUGCUUUGAGUUUCAUCUCAAAGAAAGACAACCUUGACUCCCCAAAGGUUCUUGGUUACCCUAGCAAACCCAUCGGCCUUUUUAUAAGAAGAUCAAUUAUAUUUAGAUCUGAUUCCAAUGGUGAAGAUCUAGAAGGCUAUGCUGGUGCAGGACUUUAUGACAGUGUGCCUAUGGAUGAAGAAGACAAGGUUGUUGUAGACUAUUCGUGUGACCCGUUGAUCGUUGACUUUGACUUCCAAAAGUCAAUCCUCUCUAGCAUUGCGCGAGUAGGUGAUUGUAUUGAAAAGUUAUAUGGAAGUCCUCAAGACAUUGAGGGUGUAGUACGCGACGGUAAAAUCUAUGUCGUUCAAACAAGACCACAGAUGUGAUCCUCAUGUUGUGUACUUGUAGCAUAAAGUAAAGAAAAUGUUGUAUGAUUAUGGUAUUAAAAUGUAUCAUACAACAUAAAUUGGAUGUGAAGAAACAUUAACUGUUUUAUAAGAAUAAAUUUUCUAUGAUCAA